CCAAACGAACGUGGGACGAACGGGCGAAGGGCCUCAGUGUAUCGACGUACGCGAUGGAGUGCAGAGGUGUUCCCAUUCUUCCGACCUACGCCCAAGCCUGUGGAGAUGUGGUGGAUGUCUCGCCGCUGCCUCGCAAACGGUCCCUGUGCCACACGCUCUUCGCCUACCGGACGCUGAACGAUCCCGUCAUCAUUCUGAUCACCUUGGCCGUGGUCGUCGGCUCCUUCUGCCUGCUGAGCGGCUUCAUUUUGCUCUGCGUCGUCUCCAAGGCCUGGCAGGACGAGACCUCCGAGGCCAUACUGCUAAUGGGCAUUGGCUUCUUCAUCACAUCCCUGUCGUGUGUCUCGUGGAAGUUGACGAGAGCCCAGCGCCUCACCCAGAUCGUGGAGGCCAUCAACGAUCGUGAUCCGACGGAGGACGGAGGCUUAAGUCAAGUGUUGAGUCUUAGUUAGGUGCCCAGCACCUCUUUGUCGAUUAAAUUAUUUCCAUUCACGAAGCAA